CUAAAUAAUUCAAAAUCCAAAAUCCUGUCGAUGCUCAAACAAACAGGAGAAUGGGAAUUCUCUGUUUGAAUCCCUCAAUUCAAUUAUUUCCAAACAUUCCCCAAUUUCGCGCCAUCAGAAAUACGAAAUUCAAAGCAAUCGCUGCUCGUUUAAACGAUCCCCAAACAACAACGACGACUGAGAAUCAACAACAGCAGCUUAAUCUCUCCGUUCUGCGCUUCACUCUCGGAAUACCUGGUUUGGAUGAAUCGUACUUACCAAGAUGGAUCGGGUACGGGUUCGGGUCGCUAUUGAUCCUGAACCACUUCGCUGGUUCUGAUGCAGCGUCCAUCACCCCUGCACAAAUGAGAACAGAAGCACUGGGUCUUUCUUUAGCAGCAUUCUCCAUUGCCCUUCCUUACCUUGGAAGAUUUCUCAAGGGUGCUACUCAGGUGGAUCAAUCAAUUCUGCCUGAAGCUGCUGAUCAGAUCUUUGUCAUGUCACAAAAUAUCUCAAAUUGCGAGAAGGAGGACUUAGCUUGGGCAACAUAUGUGUUGUUACGCAACACAAACACCAUUUCUGUUUUGAUUUCAGUUCGAGGUCAAUUAUGCGUUCGUGGCUACUGGAACACUCCGAAUGAUAUAUCAAAAGGUCAAAUACUUGAUUGGUUUCAGCAACAAAUUGAAAAGAUGGGCCUCUCUGAUAUAACUGACACUCUCUAUUUUCCUCAAAUCACAGAUUCUGGACUUGGCGAGAUGCUUCCAAAUGGGACUCGAUCUCUUCUGGUUCAACCAAUGCUUCAUGCUUCUGUUCCAAGUGCCAAGAAAGUGAAAAAAGUUGAAGGGUUUUGCAUGCUGGCUUCAAGUAUGGGGUAUGCAUACAGUGAUAAAGAUAUAGCCUGGAUAAAAGCAAUUGCAAACAAGUUUGAAGUGGAAUGAAGCUGAAAUGGCGGCUUGCUGGAGGAGUAGAAGAGAGGACAUUGAACUGCAACACUGUCUCACCCUGCUCACCAUGUUGUCCUUCUCAUAUAAUGCUGAUAAUGCUGUCACUUUAUCUGGUUUAAUCCGAGGUACGUAAACCACACUUUUCAAUCCAAAUGCUGUUGCCUAAUAAGAAAUAGCAAAGUGGAGUCAUAAUUAGCAAUGCUUAAUGAUAAAAUGUUAGCCAUAUGUCCUUCCUUUGUUUUUGCUUAGACAUAGAAACUGUUUCACAUUGCCAUACACUGUAGAUGCGUUGGUGGAUUCAAUGACAACUCCUGUCGCUUUUGAAUAUAAAAAUUUCGCACUAUAGAUUUGUUAGAAAA